AUGUGGGAAAAUAGUAGAGAAUACUCUGUUCUGCUCUUUAAACUGACUCCUGCAGCGAAGGUCUGCUGGUGGGGCUGUACCAGAAGGGUAGCAGAAACCUUUGUGCAUAAAAGAUGCCUGCAUGACUCAGUCUGGCGAUGGUUGGGACCAGCUGAGGAGUCACUUCACCAAGAGCUGGAAGGUGCUGGGCAAUCAAGACAGGAUGAAAUCUCCAAGUGUUUGGACCUUGAAUCAAUAACAGGCUGGAAUAAACUCCAAGGGCAGGAGUCCAGUUCCUCCAGGUGGCAGCAAGACUUGAACUGCAUUUGAAAUAUAAGAACUACAGGAGAAGUCAGGAUUCUCUGUGCAUUCCUGGAGGUGAUUUCAAGUCAAAUGACACAAGCAGGCUCAGAGCACCCAGGGACCUCCGCGCAGGAAGGUCUGCAGCCUACGCUGGGCUCUCCACUGUUGACACUAGCAAAACCUAUUUCAUUCAUGAGGAAUAUGAUUCUCCGUCAGACGCCCCAUGGCAAGAAAGGUCGAAAUAACAUCUCAUGGAGCUGUAACUCACUCCUGGAAGCUGAGACAGAAAGAAACACAAGCUGCACAUUCUUGCACCAUCUGCUGGUAGCAUCUCCAUUGACAGCCAUACCUAGAAUGGAUUUUGUAAUUGCUCUCAAACCUGGAGGGAUACGUCCACCUGGAGGGAGACCACUGCUAUGAAGAUUCAUGAUUCAGGGUACCUUGACGUUAAGGCACAGGAUGCUGCUGUAAACCGGACAGCGUUGAACAGCUGAACCAGAGAACAGCAGUCUCAAGUACAGGGUGAAGCAACUCAUCUGCCCUAGCUUGUCAGAAGAUGUUUAAGUGACAGCUUGAUUAGACCACACCAUGGAGAAGACAGAUGAAAAGCAUCUGCAUCUCAGUGAUGCUCUGUGAUGAGCAGCACCGAAAGCCAUGCCAAGUUCUCCUGGUCCCCACGCAGCUGCUACACCAGGAUGGAGACAAAGGGAGCAGCCAUGAAACCUGGUUUCUCCUGGUCGAGCUGCUCCUCCUUGUCCUCACAGAGCGCAGCUUGUUUGACAGACAGCCACCCAAACCUGAUGGGGAGAGGGAGCAGCCCCGCAGCCUCCCUUACUCCGUGGAGACACCAUACGGCUUUCACUUGGACCUGGACUUUCUGAAGUACGUGGAUGACAUCGAGAAAGGGAACACCAUCCGAAGGGUUCACAUCCACCGGAAAGCCAAGCAGCCAAAAUUCAGCACCCUGCCCCGAAACUUCAGCCUGCCUGAGAACAGCUCCCGUGGAUGCACAUCUGCUCCCAGCAAGAGCUGGACGGCAACCUGCUCCUUCCCCCAGCGAAAGGCAUCGCUGGGGGCGGAGGAGACCCCCCAUCCUCUUCUGCCCAACGAGGCACCCUUGCCAGCAACUGAUGAGCUGGCUUACCGGAGAAAAGCCCUUCUGACGGAGACGUGGCGGCAGGCAGAGCUGGGGUGGCAGGAAGGUGAGCUCCGGGGGCGGCCGCAGCUGCUUCGAGCCUCCAGCAUGCCUGCUGCACUGCCGCCUGGCCAGCCCCUGCCGCGGGACGGGAGGGUGCCCUCACCCCUCUGGCCACCUCCCCAGCACUGCCAUGACCGGAGUGGCUCCGAAAGCACGUUUCACCCUGUGUUGCAUUCGUCCGGCUCCGACAACAUAGUGUUAAAUCUCCCCCGGGAGAUGAGUUUGGAGGAAGAUGUCUCCUUGGGGCAUCCCGGUGGAGGCAGCCCAGGACCGAUGCAGAUGCAGUCGCUGUGGCAGAACCAGCAUCCUGCGGCGCCGCAGCUGCAGGUGGUGAUGGAGAGCGGAGGUGAGGAGGGCGAUGCCACCGACACCAGUGGUCGCUCCGCCUUGACUGGGCGUGAACCAGCAUCACUGGCUGCCAGCCAGCUCAUGGAGGAGAACACGAACCCUGGGGAAAGGGAGUUAAGUGUGAGUGAAAUGACUCCGAAGGUGCUGAAGCAAGUUGAGGAGGGGAGUGUCUGGGCUGAGGAGAACAAGGAGAGCUGUGGUCCUCAGCCUUGUGAUGCUGGAGAGCCUGGUGGGGUUGCUGAGCUAAAGCAGCAGAUUGCUGCUCUGGAGGAGCAGCUGGGCAAGAAGAAAGAAGAGCUCGAGCAGAUCAGGGCAGUGCUGGAGCAGCAGGAUCAUGAGAUCAAGGAGAAGGAGAAAAGCAUUAAGUUACUGGCCAGCUCUAAAGCUCAGCUGGAAGAGAAACUGUGCCGGGAAAACACCAAAGAGGCCACGGCGCUGUCCAGGUGGAGCAGUGGGGCUUUGCAGUGCUAUGAUGCUGCGGUGAACACCGACCUCUCGCAGGUAACCGGGGCCAAACAAGCCCACGAUAAAGGCAUCAACGUAAAUAUCCCAGUCUCCACCAAAUCCGUAGGAUGCAGUGUCCAGAGAGCAGACAAUGCAAACGUGCAGGCAAUGAAGCUGGGUGCUCGGAGAGAUCCGGGACUGGCAGAUGCUCACACCAGCGUCAGUGGAGAGGGACCUGGAAGUUUUGGUGAAGCUGGCGUCAAGGCUGGACUUCAUGCACCAUGCUUCACCCAGCUGAAGAUUGAUGAGCACCUCGGUGAUGACAAUCAAAAUCACAGGAAUAACUAUGGUACCCAGAGUCUGGCUGCUCAUGCUGCGAGUGCAGAAAGCUAUCAAGGAACAAGAAGUGGCUCAAGGGCAGGUGAAAACGAGGCAGGCUUUGGAGAAGAUAAACCUCAAGAUGGGCUGGAAGAGGACAGUCCCCCUGACCAUGAGGAUGUCCCUGCUGUUGACCCCAUCAGCCAAUACGUAAAAAAAAUCCAGGAGCUUUUGCAGGAGCAGUGGCUGUGUUUGGAGCAUGGCUACCCUGAGUUAGCAAGCGCUAUUAAACAACCGGCCUCCAAGCUCAGCUCCAUUCAGAACCAAUUAGUUAAUUCCUUAAACUCGUUGCUGUCCGCCUACUCUACGCAAGGGCCCGCCGAUAAGGAGAAUUCGAACACGCACUAUCAACAGUUGGAAAUCUCUCCAGCCACAAGUCUUAAGUCUAUCAUGAAAAAGAAAGGUUAUGGUUUCCAUGCAGGAGGCAAUGGGACCAAAAAGAAUCUUCAGUUUGUUGGGGUAAAUGGUGGCUACGAAACGACUUCAAGUGAAGACACAAGUUGUGAAGAGAGCCCAUCGGAUGGCGACGGGGAGAGUGAGACGGAGAAAAGAGCUGAUGAUUUGGAGCCCACACAGGCAAAAGCUGGAGGUGAAAGCAAGGGGGCUUUGUCGGGGACCUCCUCGCAGGAGAGGCGUGAGGGUGAUGACCUGCAGGAGCCACCAGCAGAAGUGCCUUGCACUCAGCAGAAGGCUGACAGAUGCAAACCCUCUGAAGAUUUCCUUGCCGACUGCCAGCUGCUCAGCAAGCACCUCUCAGAAAUCAGGACCACAAGCGACAAGCAUCUGCGGCACAUUCUGAGCACCGUCUGCCAGGAGUGGUUCCGGGUGUCGAGCCGCAAGUCUUCCAGCCCAGAGGUGGUUGCAGCGUAUCUCAAGGCAUUGGGGGCCAUCCAGCCCCAGCUCCUGGUGAUGGUGGUGAACCUGGCUGACAGGAACGGCAACACGGCGCUUCACUACAGCGUUUCCCAUUCCAACUUCCCGAUUGCAAAGCUCCUGCUAGACACAGGUGUGUGCCGCCUGGACCUGCAGAACCGCGCUGGCUACACAGCGGUGAUGCUCACCCCGCUGGCAGCUGCCGAAACAGGUGAGGACAUGGAGGUGGUGAUGAAGCUGCUGAAGGAGGGAGACGUCAACCUGCGAGCUGCCCAGGGAGGCCAGACUGCCCUGAUGCUGGGGGUCAGCCACGAGCGGGACGACAUGGUGCGGGCCCUCCUCGCCUGCCAGGCUGACGUCAACCUGCAGGAUGAGGAGGGGACGACGGCCCUGAUGGUGGCCUGCCGGCAGGGCAACGCCGACAUUGUCAGGCUUCUCUUGGCCCAGCCCGGCUGCCAGGUCACACUGACAGACAAGGGCGGUAACUCAGCCCUGUCGCUGGCCCAGCGUGCUGCCCGCGAGGACAUUGCAGCGCUCCUGCGAGCCCACGCCGAGCAGAGCCCGUCCCUCUCUGCGUGACCAAGCGGUGAGAAGAAAGUGGGAUGGGGAGUGGGGAACAAACUGCUCCUUCCUGCAACAGCCCUGCUGCUCGCCUCGGUGGCCACGGCCGGUGUAGUAGAUUUCCAUACGUACAGGGGGAUGAACCGUCAGUUACCUGCGUGUGUUCCCCAUGGCUAAUUCUCCUCAUUAAGCCUGUUUACACCCCCCCUAAUCUAUGCACAUUGCCACAAAUGAUUCCAAGCUCUCCUAUACACUCCUUUUGGUACAGAUUUGGCAGGUGAGCGACCAAAAUGAAGGAGAAAAGCACAUUAGAAAAGCAAUACUUAAGUCUUUUGUAACCUUAGAUUAUGUUUGUCCUUUUAAUCAACUACUUAACUGUAUCUCAUUUAACUUGUAAGUUUGUGUUCUAAUAUUUAUUAUUAGCUCUUCUGUAUGUAGCGGCAGGCAGUGAUUAUUCAGUAUAUGUAACGACAAACACAAGCUGGAUGGAUUAUGUAAAGUAUAAAAUCCUAUUUAUGUUUGCUUAUGUGGGUCUGAUGUAAGAAUUAAAAAUUAAUGCUCUAGGAAAAUAUUUGAGUAUACCAGACCCAAACACACAGACAUUGUUUUGCCUGUAUUUGGAAUUACCAUAUGGCUCUUAUUUUUCCUAAUUAAGUUUGAGCCAACAGGGAAGCGUAGCCCAUUGACAUGCACCGUGCAUCAGCACAUGUGAUGCUCAGGCACAGCAGGGUGGAUCAGGUUAUCCCAAGCAUGGCACAAGAUGAUCACAACAGAUUCCCAUCCCAGGAUGCAUUAAUGUCCGAGAGUUUGGUGGAGUGACCUUGCUGACAGAUGCCUUCCGGGCAAGCAUCUGCUCUCCCCUUUCCCUUGUGCUUAACCUCCAGAUGCCCAAACCACUCCCAGCUAAAGCCAUGCUGUGAUUUAGCUGCUGGAGUUGGCUGGUGCCAGCCGCCCCUCCCCCCACCCCGCCAUGGGGCACCCACAGGGUCAGUCCAGCAUCGCCUCAAAUCAUACGUGGGGCAGGGAGUUUCUCUUAAAUCCCCCUGCUGCUGCUGAAGAGGGAGGGCUCCAGCCCCACUUCUCCAAACACCUUUAUACUGUCAUUAAGUUGCUCUGUGCUGGGAAAUGCCGUUUCGUGAGGCUGUGCUGCACCAGGACCCAGUGGAUGCCCUCCACAGGCUUUGGGGGACCUGGAUGCCACCACCAAAAGCCUGGAUCUACUUGCCAAAACUAAUUAGCUAACUAGGGAGAUUUGCUUUUACUUUUCUUUCUUUUGUUACUAAGCAGAAGUUAAUCCUAGACUACUUUGGUUACUUCCAAGUCAAUUCACAUCACGAUGAGAUCUCUCUUAAGCUGCCUUUACCCUUCCCUCAUAUUGCAAAGCCGCUGACGAGCCCCCAUCCUCACGCCGGUAACACUUACCGCCUUGCAGGGAGGGGAGGACAGCCCCUGCCCUCCGUUUUCCAUGGAAAUCUGCCAUCUGCUCCAUUUUCUUUCCUCAUGUUUUCAGAAGCAUUCACCAUCUCAGAUGUCUAGGCGCCUUUUUUUAACUCUAUCCCAAAAUGCAGUUACCUCUUUCGCAUACAAAUAAACUCGAGUUAAACCUUUA